AUGUGGUGCAACGACUCUAAAUGCUCUUGCCAACCGGCGCCUUCCAAUUCAUCCCCAGAAAAGAUGCAGGCUUUCCUCUUUGGAGACAAACCCGGUCAGGUCCGCCAGCUGCAUCAACCAGGCGCAGAACUUGAUAUCCACUGCGACGUGGCUCGCCAUGAAAUGACCCUACGAGAGACUGUCGGCGGCGACCGGCGCGCAAUCUCAACUGCGACACGAUACGACGUGCAUCUCAAUCCGAAGAACUCGUACCUUCUGAAUCUCGAAGGGCUUCCGGACGACUCCAUCUUGCUGACGAUCGGGAUACGACCUGAAGCCUGCAGGACCAGCGGGCAUGGCUUGUGGUUGCAAACGAAAGUCUGGAGCUUUAGACCGGCAUACACAGACAGCAAAUUGUACAAUGAGUUUUACCUGUGCGAUUGGUCCAAGAUGAUCCUUCGGGUACAUCUUCCAGUGAGCCGGUUCUGGGGUUGGGAGACCGUGGCGAUGCUGCUUGUGACAUUCGAACGGCUCACUUGGGGGGGUUCGCGCAUCGUCGCGGGUAUCAAAGAUAUGGCUGUGACGGGUCUCAAUUGGCGGCAGAUCGAACAGCGCAUGCGGAAUGGGAGCAAGAGAGAUGCAUUGGUCAUGGAAGUGUUCAGGGAAGAAAGGAUGAACAAGGAGCGUGCUGUAGAGCCAGGCCCUUAUGAGUUGUGGUUCUAA